AUGGGUAUAGGCAAAGAACACAAGUUAGAUGCACACAAGAAACUUCUGAUUGGUCUUAUAAUCAGCUUCUCUUCACUAGGACUAAUAAUCCUAUGUUGUUUAUGCUUCUGGUUUUAUCGGUCUAAGAAAUCUCUCAAAACCACCAAGAACUCAGAAGAAGCUGAGAAUGGGAUUUCAUUAUCCAAGAAGAGUUUUGUGAAGUCUUUCAAUUACAAGACAUUAGAGAAAGCGACAAGCGGUUUCAAAGACAGUAAUCUUAUAGGAGAAGGCGGUUUCGGAUGUGUUUACAAAGCCUGUUUAGAUAAUCACACUCUAGCCGCGGUUAAAAAGAUGGAAAACGUUAGUCAAGAAGCAAAACGAGAGUUUCAGAAUGAAGUUGAUCUAUUGAGCAAGAUUCACCACCCGAACAUCAUCUCAUUGUUGGGAUAUGGAAGUGAAAUCAACUCGAGUUUUAUCAUCUACGAGCUGAUGCAAAACGGAUCUUUGGAUGAACAAUUACACGGACCUUCUCGGGGAUCGGCUUUAACAUGGCACAUGCGUAUGAAGAUUGCUCUUGAUACAGCAAGAGGUGUAGAGUAUCUCCACGAGCGUUGUCGUCCACCGGUUAUCCACAGAGAUCUAAAAUCCUCAAAUAUUCUCCUUGGUUCUUCCUUCAACGCCAAGAUUUCGGAUUUCGGUCUUGCGGUAAUGGUCGGGUCGCACGGCAUGAACAACAUUAAACUAUCAGGAACACUUGGUUAUGUUGCUCCUGAAUAUCUCUUGGAUGGUAAAUUGACGGAUAAGAGUGAUGUAUAUGCAUUUGGGGUGGUUUUACUUGAACUCUUGCUAGGAAGAAGGCCGGUUGAGAAAUUGAGUUCGGUUCAAUGUCAAUCUCUUGUCACUUGGGCGAUGCCUCAACUAACCGAUAGAUCGAAGCUUCCCAAAAUAGUGGAUCCGGUUAUCAAAGAUACGAUGGAUCAUAAGCACUUAUACCAGGUAGCAGCAGUGGCAGUGCUUUGUGUACAGCCAGAACCGAGUUAUAGACCGUUGAUAACCGAUGUUCUUCACUCACUUGUUCCACUGGUUCCGGUAGAGCUAGGAGGGACUCUCCGGUUAACACAAUCAUCGUCUUAA